AUGGCGGAUUACUGUGAGUUCCGCGACGGCAAAAUCUUUGAGAUGUGCUCACCCGUCUUCUCAGAUAUUCAGGUAUGGGCGCCUCAACAAGCACAAGCCUUCAGUGUACAAACUGGACGAAAUGCGCUUCUCGCACUGGUGCUUCCGUUGGCAUUUCAGAACUCGAUGCUGUUUGAGGCGACCAUUGCCAUGACGAGAGCCGCGUGGGUGUUGAGAAGGGGAUCGGAACCAUUCGCCGACAAGAUGCUGCUUCGACACCGAGGAGUCGCGAUGAGAGAGUUGAGAGAUGGUCUCAUGGUUCCUAAACUGCCCAAUCCAGACCUUGUAUUGCUGACAAUGUCCACUCUUCUCACCUUGAACUAUAUGAUCAAUGAUUUAGAAUCCUUUGAAGUUCAUCUUCGUGCUUUGGAGAAUAUGUUAGCAUCCACCAACCUCGAAGGUGAUAGUGGGAUCAGAAACUUUGUGCGAGGCAGGGUCCUGGCGUUUGGAGUGCUUGCCUCGUUCUUGCAAGCUAGUCAGCCGAGUUACGCGGAGCGGAUCAAUGAGAAAGGCCACCGAAUCAGCACAUUGACGUAUCCCGGCCACCCCUUUCUCCCGGACCUUUGUGCUGUCAUUGCUAAACUGCCGGAGGGCUUUGCAGAAGUCGCACUGAGCCGAAGCAUUGCGGUCGAAGUGAUCAGUUUCCUAGUCAAGCUGACGGAACUCGUCAACUGGCUUGCAACCUCUCAGGAAGAGAGGGAGGCACAACCGAAGCCUGAUAUGACAAUGCAGCGAGCAAUUUAUGAUCUCCAAUGCCUCUCUGCCCUGCAGCUGACUCCGAUCGAGGUGCAGAUAUCCCGAGCAUUGUUGGCCUUCUGUCUACACCUAUACAAUGAGAUGUCGUUCCAUAUCCCGCUUGCGCGACCUCUUCGGCCGCUCCUAGAGACAUUCAAUGCGCAUACCGAGAUCCCUCGAUACCCGUGGCUGCAACGGUGUCUGUAUUGGUGCUCGAUAGUCACCGCGAGUGCUUGGGACACUCAGAUUGAUGCUUCCCCAGAAAGGCAUGUUGUUCUUGACAGCCUGAUAAACCGGUUGCCAGAGGCGACAUCGUGGGAAGACACAGAGGAAAUGAUGAGAAUGUUUCUGUGGCAGGAUCGGCUUGCGGAUGAAUGGGAGGUGUGCUGGCGUGCGGCAUCGUUUAGAAAGCGCCGACAAAGGAGAGGGGCAUCUCAGUUUGCGUCGGUGUCACAUCUUUUUGUCGAGGGUGCCCAGAGCUCAGAAACUUCGUCAUCAGACGACCGUCUCUGA